AUGUCUGUUCUAGCCACUGGGAGAGACAACACGGCGGACGCUCCUGUGCGUCUCUCAGUGCCCAUUCCACCUACUGGCCUGGGAGGUGCCUGUGCAAGGGCCCCUCCCAAGCGCAGGGCCCCAGACCCUCCAUCCAGUAAGGGGUGGUCCAAAGAAAGUCGGGCUCCUACAUCUCCCCUGGCAGAGCGGCAAGCCCCCAGGAGGCGGAAUUUGGAGGCAGCUGAGGCAGCUCAGGUGGUUGAGGCUACCAUGUCCCCCUUCCAGUCGGAGCUACUGAAGGUGGUGCUGGAUGUGCGGCACGAGGUGCACCUUCUCCGCCAGGACACGGCGCAGGUCCUGGCAAACCAGGAACAGCUGGCAGUGCGCAUUGCUCAGCUGGAGCGUGCGAACUGCCCGCCUGAUGCCCCAGUGCCGCCAGCGGUUUUUAUUUUACCGCUGGCGACAAUGGAAGAUUUUGAGGCAGCAGAGAGGCGCCUCAUCAACCCCCCUGAUCAGGCUGUCCUGAAGGAGCAGCUCUCCGGCCUGGGUGGCAACACUAUCGCGGAGGCUGUGCGGCGCACCCUGGAGCGGCUCCUGCGGAAGCAGGUGCAGAUGCACUUCAGCAUCUGCGGCCGCAGGGGCAACAAGCGGCCGUUCAGGGGCACGCAGCUCUGUGCCGUGGCCGUUGGUAAGGUGUUUUCAUUCCACACCUUCAUUGCUAAUUAAAAAUGAUGGGAACUUUUUUCUUUUAAUU